AUGGUGAUCAAAAGAGCCACAAACCCCCUACGUGUGGCUCAACCUAGCAUCUCCUUGGCACAACCUACGUCGUCGCCGCCCUCCCCUCCCUCCGCCGUGAUUGCGCCCUCCUCGCCUGCGGAUCCCACCGCCGCGAGUGCAUCACCGCCCCCCGUCGCCGCGACACACCGUCGCUGCCCCCCCCCCCCCCUCCCCCUUUUUUCCGCUGCCGCGCCUUCCCUGGCGCCGCCUGCACAUCCCGCCGCGACGCCUCGUCGCCGCCUCCUCCUCCCCCUGCCGCGACCCCCCGUCGCCGUCUCCCUCCCGCCGCCGCGCCUACUUCGGCGUCGCCCGCGCAUCCCUCCGCCGCGACGCCCCGUCGUCGCCUGCCCCUCCCGCUGCCGCGACGUCGCGUCGCCGCCUCCCCCCACCGCCGCCGCGCCUUCCUCGGCGCCGCCUGCGCAUCCCGCCGCCGCGACGCCCCGUCGUCGCCUCCUGUCCCGCCGCCGCGACUUCGCGUCGCCGCCUGCACUCCCCAUCGCCGCGACCCCCCGUCGCCGCCUACGCAUCCCGCCGCCGCGACCCGCUCGUCGCCGCCUGCACGAUCCGCCGCCGCGACUUCGCGUCGCCGCCUGCACGACCCGCCGCCGCGACUUCGCGUCGCCGCCUGCACGACCCGCCGCCGCGACUUCGCGUCGCCGCCUGCGCAUCCCGUCGCCGCGACCUUCUCGUCGCCGCCUGCACCCCUUGCCGCCGCGACCUUCUCGUCGCCGCCUGCACCCCUUGCCGCCGCGACCUAAAGUCGCCGCCCGCGCGACCUCCUGCCGCGACCUGCUCGUCGCCGCCCGCACAUCCCGUCGCCGCGACCUAACAAUCGCCGCCCCCGCAUCCUACCGCCGCGACCUGCUCGUCGCCGCCCGCGCAUCCCGCCGCCGCGCCUUCCUCGUCGCCGCCCGCGCAUCCCACCGCCGCGCCUUCCCCGUCGCCGCCCGCGCAUCCCUCCGCCGCGCCCUACUCGUCGCCGCUCGCUCAUUCCGCCGCCUCCCUCGUCGCCACCCGCGCAUCCCGCCGCCGCACGUUCCUCGUAGCAGCCGCCUCAUCCCGCAGCAGCAGCGUCAUUGGCAGCAACAGCUUCGCCCACAGCUACACCUGCGUUCUCCCUCCCCCUCCCCCUUUCCUCCUCCUCUCCUCCCACGCAGCAGCAGCCGGGACAGCUCAGCAGCCACAGCAGCAACAGCGGCAGCAGCGGCAGCAUCAGGAGCAGCGACAGCAGCGGCAGCAGCUGCAUCCACCAUCUUCCUCCCUCUCCUCCCCUCCCCCCCCCCCUCCUCCCUCUCAGCAGCAGCAGCGGCAGCAGCGGCAGCAGCGGCAGCAGCGGCAGCAGCGGCAGCAGCGGCAGCAGCGGCAGCAGCGGCAGCAGCAGCAGCAGCCGGAGAAGAACUCCACUCCCCGCAGCAGCACCCCCCUCCCCUCCCCCCCCCCCCCCCCCCCCCCCCCUCCCCUCCUCCCUCUCGGCUGCCGCGGGUCCACCCGCCGUCGCCCUCCCACUUGACCGCCGCGGGUCCACCCGCCGCCGUCCACCUCGAGGCCGCCGCGGGUCCACCCGCCGUCGCCCCUCAUGGCUACCACUCCUCCCCCUCUCCCCCCUCCCAUUGA